CGUAUUUGGCUCUUGCCGCGUUGGCGAGGGGAGCCUCAAAGCCUUUGCUGCAGGCUACCAUACACAUGGCUUCCGCUAUUGCUUUGCUGUACCUUCUUCUGAAAAGCCUCCUUGGUUUCAUCAUUUUUACUGCUUAUACCAAUAAACUUUCCAGACGUUCACCACAAGCUCGCCAUGCCAUCAUCAAGAAUCUUGGCAUCUCCACCACAUCAAACCCCCAAUUUAUCGGUUUCUUCCUGCCAAAGUAUCUGGCACAGACGCAGCAGAGUCGGAUUUGCUUUAUCGUGUGUCAUCCCCGAUUCUUUCAAGCAUUGCAUGCAUGAUGUUCACCCGCCAAAACCAGUCUUGUAUUUGCAAGGCAAUUCGUUAUGACUCAAACAGAGGCCAACUUCUGCGUCAUGCAGGUGGUCCAGGAUUCGGUUUCACCUAUCUUUCGGCGUAGACUUGGGGAGUGCGGUACGUUUAUUUGUCUUCAUGCACGGGAAGGUUUGCG